CGAUAUCUGUGGCUGCGCCGUGUGCCGUGCUGCCUGUGUCCUCUCGCCGACAUGCCAGGCGCUCUCGAGGAGUGCUGCGCGUACUUCUGCACCGGCCUCUCCGUCUUUGGAGUGCUCGGUCUGUUCUUCAUGGGCUACACGCUCAAGUCGGGCAACCACUGGUUCCUCGGCGUCUCAAAGGAGGGGGCCGACGCGUCGGCGAUGGCGUGCUUCUACGCGGGCGUAAUCUAUGCGGUGUACCUCUUCUAUUGCGGCGCAAAGGUGAUGUCAUGGUCGGGGAAAAAGGGUGACGGCAGCGAGGAGCUGAUGCAUUCGGACGUCUAGUCUACAUGCGUCCGUGUUGUUGUAUGCGCUGCGCAGCCCACCUCUUGGGCGCGGGCGUCUUUACGCGCCGCCGCCGCACCUCUGUCCGCCCGCGCGAUGCGGGCUUGCGCGGGGCGGCUGCCUUCGCGCGCCGUGAGGAGGCAGGGAUCGUCUCUAUUUGUACGUUUCGUUUACCACGGGGCGGUGCCCGUGCCGCUGCCGGUCGGUCGUGAGUCGGUGUCACUCUUCGAAAGUCAAUCGAGUGUUAACGGGUCUAAGUGUGGCUAGCCACGCUCUUUCCGUGUGGCGCGCGGGCGGCGGGCGCGACCGCGGGGCGGGUCGCGCCGUUUCA